AUGAUGCGUGUCAGUAGCAAUUCCAGGCUAACAGCCACCAGUCACCCCGAUCCCGGAUGCGGUAUGUGUCCGGGCGAUGAGCCACCGACCACCGAUGACGUACUGCUCGCCGUGGGCUUCAAACGGACACUACACACACCAGUGCCAGGCAAGCAGCACACCUACAGUUAUCCGCAUCAUCACCACUACUGCACGCGCGGUGGCCGGAAUAUUCGCCGGGGUGGGCUGCGCGUGCCCAAAUUCCUGUCGUUCCUGUUGUUCCUAGUUAUCUGUGAUAGUCAGACAGUAUCCCGUGCCGCAUUUCGGACGUCCGCCGCCACCAUCGGGCACUUGCCGGGUGCGGAUGUCGCCACCGACAGUAUUAUUAGCGGCGGUGACGGUGGUGCCGGCGACGGAGGGUCCACUUCCGGCGCAGCCAUCAACCAUACCAAGCUGCAGGAGAUCGUGCUGGAAGGACUCGGUCUCAGUGCGCUGCCCGACGUUCGCAUGAUGAACAUCAGCCCGCAGGAGUACGAAGCCAAGUAUGCCGAAUAUUUGGACCGUGUCAAUCGUCGCCGUUCCCUGACCAGAAACACGGAGGAUUGGCCCGAGGAGCGCCAUCUCUUCAGCUUUCCAGGCACGGAUCAUGCGCUAAACCAUCGUAAACUGCGCCGCAAGCGAUCACUGAACAACGACUUCGAUCUCGUCUACAUCCGGUUCGAUAUACCGACGAGAAACGCUAGCACGGGUGAGAUGACGGGCUUCCAGUCGCCCUCACUCUACCACGAUCCGUCCUCCCCGGGGACGGACGGUGAGGAUGAGGGCGGUGACUCUACCGUCGUCGAUAACCCAACCAACGCGCUCGAACAGUCGCUGCAUCAUGCGGGACGGGGGCAUCGGCAGUCCCUAUCCGAGCUGCCGCCCAUCUCGCCCGAGAACAUCGAAGAGUCGUCGUUGAACAUCAUGCUAACCAGAAGACAAAACAGCGCACGCAGCACAAACGCGCACAGUAAACAACAACAUCACACUCAGCAGCAACAGCAGCAGCACCAGCCGCCACCGCAGCCGGAGGCGCAUCAGGUUCAACAGCCGGCACAACAGUCUCCCGCACAGCUCCACCAACAUCAGCUGCAGGCUCAUGGCCAUCGGCGAAAGGGACGGGUACGGUUCAAGCAGCAUCAGCAGCACCACCACCAACAGCAGCAGCAGCAUCCUCAACCACUGCAGUCCGGUCGCACGGUGACGAUACACGUGUACCAGCUGGUGGAGCCGUACGAGCGCCACUUCCUGGCCUCCAAGACGGUAGCCGUGCAGGAAAUUCCCCCGAACGGGAGCCGCUGGUAUCAACUGCCGCUGGAGGAAGCCGUCCGCACCUGGCUGGAUGGAUCGCGCAAGAACCUCGGGCUGGAGCUGUACUGCGAGGGUUGCCACGCACACGGCGUCCACAUCGUCCACGACUCGUCGCCCUACUUUCGCACCUACGACGAAACGCCCGUCCUGAACGUGGUCGGCCGGUUGGUGCAGCGGGAGAAGCGCUCCAAGCUGCAGCGCUACCGGCCCCAGAUGCGGGACUACCUAUCGCCACCGAAAACGACCGCCUGCACGGCGGGUAACAAGCGUUGCUGUCGGCAUCCACUGCUGGUAGACUUCCGCGAUAUCGAGGGUUUCGACUUUAUCAUCCAGCCGAAGAUCUUCGAUGCGGGGUUCUGCCGUGGCCGCUGCCCGACCAAGUUUAAUCCGGCGACGCAUCACGCACUGUUGCAGAGUUUGCUGCACGAGCACAUCAAGUACGACGUGCCGAAGCCGUGCUGUGCACCGUCCAGUCUCGACCACAUCGAUGUCCUGCACGCCGAUCCGAAGAACCCGCAGCGGCUCAAGGUAUCGACCUGGCACAAUAUGCGCGUGCUCGAGUGUGCCUGCUCGUGA